AUGUCGCCGUUGAAUGCUUCGUUUUUGAUCGAGCAGACCCAGAGCCGUGCCAGUGAGCCUGUGCUGCUUGAUGAACCCAUUUCCAUAGAGGCGUUGCCGACGCCUGCGUUGGUUUUAGAUCGACCCGCCCUUGGUCGUAAUAUCGAUAAAAUGGCCGCCUUUCUUGGCGAUCACGGUAAAGGCUUUAGACCUCACGCGAAGACCCACAAGUGCCCUCUGAUCUCACGUGAGCAGAUUGCUGCGGGUGCAGUUGGGGUCUGUGUUGCGAAAAUCGGCGAAGCGGCGGCUCUGUUGAGCGGUGGGAUACAGGACAUUCUGAUCACUUCUCCGGUCACCACACCUUUGAAAGCCCAGUGCAUAAACCUGCUGGCCAAACAGACGACGGGGCUGCAACUUGUGGUAGAUAGCCUUGUGGGACUGGAGGUCCUGCAAGCUCAUCUCGAUUCGGAUACUACCCUCGGAAUACUGCUGGAUAUAGAUGUUGCUAUGGGGCGUACAGGUGCCCGGGAUAUAGAUCUGUUGCUGAAACUGGCCGAACAUAUUGUUGCAGAUCCGCGCAUGACGUUUGCUGGGGUGCAGCACUAUGCAGGUCAUGUGAUGCACAUUGACGAUUUUGUCGAGCGCCGAAAGAAAUCCCUUGCGCUGUGGGAAACAGUAACCGAACGACUGCAAAUUCUGCGCGAGCAUGGCUAUGAUGCGGCCAUUGUGACAGGCGGUGGUACCGGUACUUACAACAUCGACGUGGAUGUGCCAGCGCUGACAGAUAUGCAGGUAGGCAGCUAUAUCCUGAUGGAUGAGGAAUAUCGGCAGAUUGGCGCAGUGGAAAGUGAUCAGUUUCUCGAUUUCGAGGUGUCUUUACAUGUGGCCUGCAGCACCAUCAGCGCGCCCCGGCAGGGUACUAUGACCGUCGAUGGUGGCUAUAAAGCCUUUGCCUCAGACUCGGUUGCCCCGGUCACGGAUGAUCACGCUGGCGUUAAGUUUCAUUUUGCCGGCGACGAGCAUGGGGUGCUUGUGCUGCCGAAAGGCGAGCAGGAUAAACGAGGAACUUCUGUGUUAGAAAUUAUUCAAGCCGGUGGCUGGCUGAUGGUGCCGAUAUUGUUGUGCAGCGUUGUUGCGGCGGCGAUCAGCGUCGAACGGUUAUGGACGCUGCAACGGAAACGGAUUCUGCCCAAGAAUCUGCUGGCGCAAACCUGGAAUGCCCUCAAGCAGGACGAGUUUGAUCAACAGAAAACGCGAGAAUUGCGUGCCGGAUCGCCUCUGGGGCAUGUGUUUGCGUCGGGCAUCAGUAAUGCGAAACGUGGCCGGGAGAUCAUGAAAGAAGCAAUGGAAGAGGCUACCAACCAGGUCAAUCAGGAUCUGGAGCGGUAUCUCACCGCGCUGGGUAUCAUUGCCAGUAUCGCGCCGCUGUUGGGAUUGCUGGGUACCGUUGUGGGUAUGAUCGAUGUAUUCGAUAACCUCAUGCGCGAAGGCUCCGGCAAUGCCAAUCUGCUGGCCGGGGGUAUAUCGACUGCGCUGAUCACUACCGCUUCGGGCUUGUCCGUUGCAAUCCCGGCGCUGAUGUUCCAUCGAUUUUUCCUGCGACGUGUGGAUGAGCUGGUGGUCGAACGCAGGCGCGGCCGCCACGAAGCCAACGUUGAAUUGACGCCAUUGAUCGAUGUGGUUUUUCUUCUACUGAUUUUUUUUAUGGUCUCCACCACCUUUAUCCGCGAAACGCAGUUACAGAUAAAUCUGCCUGAAUCCAGCGGCGAGUUGCAGGAAGUGGAACCCGGCACUAUUGAGAUUGUGGUUGAUCGCGGUGGCGACUAUGCCGUGAAUGAGCGCCUGCUGGUGAACUCUGAGAAAGAGACUCUCGUCCGUGCUCUGCGAGAGGUCAUGGAUCCGGACUCUCCGUCGCCGCUGGUGGUCAUUACCGCGGAUGCCACAGCUGAACAUCAGUCGGUUGUGCGGGCCAUGGAUGCCGCUGGUACGGUAGGCCUGACCCGCAGGAAUACCAACAUCGCAAAGUCAUCAGGCGACUGGUCUAUAUAUAAACGCCUUCUGAAGUACGUGGCACCGCAUUGGGUGCUGCUGCUGAUCUCGUUUAUGGGAUUUUUGGGCGCGGCCGGAUCAGAGGCUUAUUUCGGCUAUCUGUUUGGGCAGCUCAUCGAUUCCUGGGACGAAGCCGUCAUCAUUGCCGCGGCAAGCAUCCCCGUAUUGAUGUUCGCAACAGCCCUGGGGCGGGCCACAGGUUCCAUUAUUGGUGAGUCCCUGAUGGCGCGGGUGUCGUUUCAUGUGGUGUACACCCUGCGACAGGAGUUGUUCGAUCAGCUGUUGAAGCUUCCCAGCAGCUUUUUUGAUAAAAAUUCUCAAGGUCAUACCGUUUCACGUCUGACAUUCACCGUGGCGCAAUUGCGUGAUACCGGCACCGAUGCCCUGCGCGCCAUUAUCCAGGACGGUCUGAAAGUCAUUGUCUAUUUAAGUGCAAUGCUCUGGAUGAACUGGGAAAUGACGCUUCUGUUCAUUGCCACGCUGCCGGUGCUUGCCUUUGUGGUGGUAUUUGCCAGUGGCCGCUUUCGAAGAAUCAGCCGGCGCAUUCAGGGCUCUAUGGGGGAUGUCACUCACGUGGUGUCUGAGACCACCGCUGGUUACAGAGUUGUGCGCACCUUCGGUGGCCAGGAAUAUGAGACCAACAGAUUUGAAAAAUCCAAUCGGGUGAAUCGCCAGCAGAACUUGAAGAUGGCGGUGACCAAAGUGUUCAGCGCGCAGCUGAAUGAAACCAUCAUUGCAUUAGCCGUCUGUAUUCUGAUUUUUCUCCUUUACGACAGCGCCGGAGAAAUGACCAGUGGUCAAGCUGUGACGUUCCUGACCUGGGCGGCUUUGUUAGGAUCACCGAUAAAAAAACUUUCAGAGGUGAAUGCCAAACUGCAGCGUGGGCUUGCUGCCGCUGAAGAUGUCUUUGCGCAGCUGGAUUUUGCGAUCGAGCAGGAUGAGGGUAGCGAAGAUGGCGGGCGAGCAGUGGGAUCACUGGUAUUUGAAGAUGUAUCGUUCUCAUACGGUGGUGAUACGCCAGUACUGCGCCAUGUGAACCUGAGUAUCGAGCCCGGUCAAACGAUUGCGUUGGUUGGACGCUCAGGCAGCGGCAAGACCACCAUGGCCAGUCUGAUUCCGCGAUUCUACGAGUUGGAGCAUGGACGUAUUCUGCUCGAUGGCAAAGAUAUACGCUCGUAUUCGCUGCCUGCUUUGCGGCGUCAGAUUGCGCUUGUUUCGCAACAGGUAACCCUUUUUAACGAUACCCUGCGCAAUAAUAUUGCCUACGGUGAUCUGUCGGGCUCCAGUGACGAGGCUGUCCAACAGGCCGUGACUCGUGCCUACGCGGGUGAUUUCAUAGCAGCACUGCCGGACGGCUUCGAUACUAUUGUUGGUGAUGAUGGCGUGCUUCUUUCCGGAGGUCAGCGGCAGCGUGUGGCUAUCGCCAGGGCACUGCUCAAAGAUGCGCCGCUGCUGAUUCUUGAUGAAGCCACCUCUGCCCUGGACAACGAAUCAGAGCAAGUAGGCACUCAUGAUGAUCUGCUUGCCGCUGAUGGUCUGUAUGCCGAAUUGCACAGCGCGCAAUUCCAGGAUGAUGUUCCGGCGAAAAAGAAAAAACGACUGCCCCGUAAGAAAGAUCAGGCUGCUGUGCGUGCCAGUUUGCCCAGCGGUGAAUAUUUUGAAAGAUCAGCUCUGGGGUUGUCUCAGGCCUGGUAUGACGGUGCCUGGUGGUUGCACCUCAUGCGUCCACUGUCCGGGGUUUAUAACUGGGGACGAAAACGCCAGCUCAAACCUUAUCAAACAGGUAAACGAACGCCCGCCCGUACCAGUCUGCCGGUAAUUGUGGUUGGCAAUAUUACCGUUGGCGGUACCGGUAAAACGCCGAUGGUGAGCUGGCUUGUUGAAGAACUGCGAGCCUUAGGUUACGCGCCCGGUGUGGUGUUACGCGGCUAUGGUGGACGUUUGAGCAAGACUGGUACCCUUGUUCCCAGCGGUGCAGAUCCUGAGCGUUACAGUGAUGAGGCUGUGCAAUUGCGCGACCGCCUUGGUUGUCCGGUGGCUAUUUCUGCCAAUCGCUUAAAAGGGCUGCGGCUACUGGAAACCCAGGUAUGCGACAUCGCGAUUUCGGACGAUGGUUUGCAGCAUUAUGCGAUGGCCAGAGAUAUAGAGAUUGCCAUUAUUGACGGCGCGCGCGGUGUUGGUAACGGCAGGUUGUUGCCGGCAGGUCCAUUGCGGGAGCCGGUAGAACGUUUGCAGGAAGUAGAUUGGGUAAUCGCUAACGGGGAAUCCAGCGGCCUGGUUGAGUCCGAGUCUGUGAUGCGCAUGCACGCGGAUGGUUUCAUCAAUCUGGCCAGCGGCGAACAGUUAACCUGUGCUGCGUUCUGCGGGCGUUACAGCCAGGUGCACGCGGUGUGUGGUAUCGGCAAUCCGCGACGCUUUUUCGAGUCGCUGCAGGAACUGGGUAUCAGCACCAUAAAGCACACUUACAGUGAUCAUUAUGAUUUUUCCGGCCCGGAAGUGCGCUUCGGUGAUGGCAUGCAGGUUGUCUGUACAGAAAAAGAUGCCGCCAAACUGAAACAUCUUGAAGAUGAUUUCAGUCAUGUCUGGUUUCUGCGUGUUUCCGUUCAGUUAGAAACAAACGCGCGAGACAUAUUGCUUGGCCUGCUGACGGAACGCGCAAUUGCACCCCAGCGGUUGGUUCGCGAAGAUGACAUCAGUGAGAUGCAGGAUCUGGAACCCCUGGCACUGAUCAACGGGAUUCCGAUGAUCGUGCGCGUGAUGAUGGCAGUACAGGAUGCUGAUGUAGAUACGGUUACCGCUGCAGUAGAUGACAGCAGUGUUUUGGCCGUAGUGGAGGCAGCAGGUUACAGCGCGAUGCUGACGGCACAAGACCAUCCCUCCGGAUCUGACCGGGUCAUGGAAGUUGUGCGUCGUUCAGGCUGGGACGAGAAUGACAUUGUCAUUAAUGUGCAGGGAGAUGAGCCUUUGUUGCCGGCGUCUUUAGUCUCUCAAAUGGCAGAUCUGAUGCGUGCAGAUACAACCAUGCAGAUGGCAACAGUCUCCGAACCAAUACUGACGGCUGCGGAAUUCCUCAACCCGAAUAUUGUCAAAGUUGUCACCACAACAGAGGGUGACGCGCUGUAUUUUUCCCGCGCACCGAUCCCAUUGCCGCGUGAUCUGAUCCUGAAUGAUGCGCUGACAGACAGUCAGAUGGAUGUAUUUAAACCACAGCGCCAUGUUGGUCUGUAUGCUUUUCGUGUCGAGGCGCUGCAGCGGUUUGUGUCGCUGCGGGAUGCUCAUCUGGAAGAUAUUGAAGCUCUCGAGCAGCUUCGCUGGUUGGAGGCCGGCGGGCGGAUAAGGGUAUUGCCCAGUACUGUGCCGAUCCCGGGUGGUGUGGACACGCCAGAGGACCUGGCUCGUGUUGAGCAGAUCCUGCUGGCGCAAUAG